AUGAAGAGACAACUACUUCGUAUUAUCUUAUUAACAUUUUUUGUGUUUAGCAACGCAGAAUUGCUAAAUCAUAAUAAAGAUUCGGUUGGACAGUCGUCGAUUCAUCAUGCGACACAUCUUUCAUUGAAACGAAAAGAAAUUUCAAAAUUUACACCAGCUCAUCGAAAAUUUCAAAAUGAUGCAUUGGAAAUUCAUAAUAUCUUACGUGCUCGUCAUUGUGUACCACCAUUAGUACUCGAUGAAGAAAUGAAUAUACGAGCUCAAAUCUAUGCUGAACAUCUUGCGGAAAAGGAUGGUAAAUUAACACAUAGUACUGAUCUAGGUAAUCGUUUUGGAGAAAACCUCUAUGCAAUAACACGUAAAACUCCUAUCACCAAUCUAACUGCUGAGAAAGUUGUACGGACAUGGUAUGAAGAGAUUCAGUUUUAUGACUACAGCAAACCAGUUUACAAUGCAAGUACAAGUCAUUUUACUCAAAUUGUUUGGAGAGAGUCCAAAAUACUUGGCGUAGGUUACGCGUCAGCACGAAAAGGCAGCAAAAUGUUUGUCGUUGCCCAAUAUGGACCAGCAGGCAACCAUCGUUUUAAAUUCAGUAACAAUGUUCUUAAACCGAAAUGCUAG